AAAGCAGCGACGACGCUGGAUGAGAAGAUUGAGAAAGUGAGACAGAAAAGGAAGUUCCAGGAAAGAGAAGCUAAACAAGCAAAAGUGAAAGAUGAAGAUGCAGAGACUGAGGAUAAUAAUACUGAAAAGAGGGAGUGUGAGGAUCUCAGUAGGGACGAAGAAGAUGUCGACUCUCAGUAUUCAUUGGAUGAUGAAACUAUCUUCACAAAAGCAGAUACAAUCAAAGUGAAGGAACAGAGGAGGUCGAAAAAGGGAGCAAAGGAACCAGAGAGCUUUUUUGAAGAUGCCUCUCAAUACGAUGAUAACUUAUCAUUCCAGGACAUGAAUCUUUCAAGACCUUUGCUAAAGGCAAUCACAGCUCUUGGCUUCAAGCAACCAACUCCAAUUCAGAAGGCUUGUAUCCCGGUGGGCCUUCUGGGGAAGGACAUUUGUGCCUGUGCUGCCACUGGGACAGGUAAAACAGCUGCCUUCAUCUUGCCUGUCCUUGAGCGCCUGAUUUACAAACCUCGUCAGGCUCCAAUAACACGGGUAUUGGUUCUGGUGCCAACACGAGAGCUGGGUAUUCAGGUGCACUCUGUCACAAAACAGCUGGCACAGUUCAGCAGUGUCACAACUUGCCUUGCUGUCGGUGGCCUAGACGUGAAGACGCAGGAAGCAGCUCUGCGCUCUGGGCCGGACAUUCUUAUCGCCACUCCUGGGCGGCUGAUUGAUCAUCUCCACAACUGCCCUUCCUUCCACCUGAGCAGUGUUGAGGUGCUGAUUUUGGAUGAAGCAGACAGGAUGCUGGAUGAAUACUUUGAGGAACAGAUGAAGGAAAUAAUCAGGUUGUGCUCCAGCCACCGUCAGACAAUGCUUUUCUCUGCCACAAUGACAGAGGAGGUGAAAGAUUUGGCUUCUGUUUCCCUGAAAAAUCCCGUCCGAAUUUUUGUGAACAGCAACACAGAUGUUGCCCCUUUCCUGCGGCAGGAAUUUAUCCGGAUCAGACCCAACCGAGAGGGGGACCGAGAGGCCAUUGUGUCAGCUCUGCUGACACGAACCUUCCCAGAUCACGUAAUGCUUUUCACCCAGACCAAGAAGCAAGCUCACCGCAUGCACAUCCUGCUGGGGCUGAUGGGCCUGCGGGUCGGGGAGCUCCAUGGGAACCUCUCUCAGGCACAGCGGCUGGAAGCACUCAGGCGCUUUAAGGAUGAGCAGAUUGAUAUUCUGGUAGCUACAGAUGUGGCUGCACGUGGACUUGAUAUUGAAGGUGUUAAAACAGUAAUCAAUUUUACCAUGCCAAACACCACCAAACACUACGUGCAUCGAGUGGGUCGGACAGCAAGAGCAGGCAGGGCUGGUCGUUCAGUUUCACUUGUGGGCGAGGAAGAGCGCAAGAUGCUGAAGGAUAUUGUGAAGACUGCCAAAACACCAGUGAAAGCCAGAAUUCUCCCCCAAGAUGUCAUACUAAAAUUUCGAGAGAAGAUUGAGAAUCUAGAGAAAGAUGUGUAUGCAGUUCUGUGCUUGGAGCGUGAGGAACGUGAGAUGCAGCAGUCAGAGGCCCAGAUCAAUAGAGCAAAGAAGCAGCUGGAGACAGGAAAACAAGAGCCUGGGGCUGAGGGUUUGGAGCGGAGCUGGUUCCAGACCCGUGAGGAGAGGAAGAAAGAGAAAUUGGCUAAAGCCCUGCAGGAGUUUGACCUAGCGUUACGAGGCAAAAAGAAAAGGAAGAAAUUUAUGCAGGACAGACAGAAAAAAGCCCAAAUGACGCCAGAGGAGCGGUCACAGUUUGAAAUCUUGAAAUCUCAAAUGUAUGCUGAGCGGCUGGCAAAAAGGAAUCGCCGAGCAAAGCGAGCCAGAGUCUUGCCAGAAGAGGAACCAGCAGCAGUACCUGCAGGCCCCAAGCGGAAGAAAAAACUGUCUGUGUUUGACGAAGAGCUCACCAACACAAGCAGGAAGGCUCUGAAGCAGUACCGUGCCGGCCCAUCAUUUGAAGAUCGAAAACGCCUGGGUAUGGCCCAGCAUAGGAAAGGAGGAAACUUCAAAUCCAAGUCCAGGUACAAGAGAAAGUGA